AGGGAGAUUUCUACACUUAGAAGUAGCAUGGAAGAUCCCAACCUAUGGGGAAGUGCACAUAAGAAGAGGAUAAAUAUGGCUUUUAAGGGCAAGGAUCACUUAGAUUCCCUUUCAUUACCAGUUCAGCGCAUGCAUUUAAUCCAGGUGGACUCUGUUCAGCGUUGGAUGGAAGAUUUGAAGUUGAUGACAGACUGCGAAUGUAUGUGUAUUCUCCAGUCCAAGCCCAUCAGCAUUGAGAAGGAUGAACAAAAUGAACUUAUGCUUUCCUCACAGUAUAGCACUUGUGAUAACUUGCAGCUUCUAUUAAAGAGAGCUUGGAUCAUAAGCACAGAAUUGACAAGGAUUGCUCAGAAGCUGGAGAAGAAUAGGUGGCAGAGAGUCCACAGCAUGACAGUAAGAGUCAACUGCCAUGUGCGCUCAAUGAUAAAUGAGUACAAUACAUUCACCAGGAAUCCUUCAGAAGAAAUGCACCAGUUUGAAAAACUUUUAAUAGACAAGUGUUCAGAAUUUACAGCAUUCACAGAAAGGUGCAUACAGACUGAAGAUGAAGAGAUACUGAAGUCUAUGAAAUCUUGUGUUAAUGAAACACUCACCACUGUUGCCCAGUAUUUUGGCCAGUUGAUAGAGCUGGUUUUAACACAUGAGGCACAGAACCUGCUGAGACAAAUAGAGCUGUCAGACAGUGUGCACGUCACCGAGUCGGCGAUUAGCAGUUUGUUCAGCCUUACCCAGGAAGGUGCCCAUCUGUGCCGUAUCAUAGCUAAGGAAGGAGGAGUAGUCACUCUCUUUAAGAUCUGUCGCCAGGAUUGCUUCAGAUGUCUUUAUCCCCAGACACUGAGAACCUUGGCAUCAAUUUGCUGCGUAGAGGAAGGGAUGCACCAGCUGGAAAAGGUUGAUGGGAUACUGUGCCUGGCUGACAUUCUCACUGAUAACAGCCAUUCUGAAGCUACUCAUGCUGAAGCAGCAGCAGUAAUUGCACAGAUCACAUCUCCACAUCUCACGUUCACUCAGCAUCUCAGCAGCUUUCUGGAAAAUAUGGAAGAAAUUGUGACUGCGCUUGUCAAACUGUGCCAAGAAGCUUCGUCAGGUGAAGUUUUCUUGCUGGCUUCAGCAGCUCUUGCCAAUAUUACUUUCUUUGAUACCAUGGCUUGUGAAAUAUUGCUCCAGUUAAAUGCAAUGAAGAUUCUUCUAGCAGCAUGUUCGGACAAACGCAUAGUGGAUACUCCAUAUUCUCGAGAUCAGGUGGUAACAAUAUUGGCAAACAUGUCUGUGUUGGACCAGUGUGCUUCAGAAAUCAUUCAAGGAAAUGGUAUUCAACUUUUAAUGGAAAUGCUCUUUGAAAAAUCAUCUUCAGGAAGUUCAGCAGAAGUUGCUGCUUGUGAGCGAGUCCAACAGAAAUCUGCAGUAACACUGGCACGACUCAGCCGGGAUCCUGAAGUGGCAGAUGCAGCUGUAAAACUCAGCUGUAUUCCUCGCCUAAUUAAACUUUGCAGAUCACCAACCGAAAGAAAUAACAGCGAUUCUGUUCUAGUGGCAUGUCUGGCAGCCUUACGAAGACUAGCAGUUAUGAGUCCUGAAGGACUUGAAGAUUCAGAUUUUCAGCAGCUAGUAAAGCCCAGACUUGUGGACUCUUUUCUGUUAUGCACUAAUAUGGAAGAGAGCUUUGUAUAAAUGUGAGCCAAAAAUGAUAAUCAACAUGAUAAGUAUACAGUAAGAUAAUACAUGUACAAUUUUAUUUUUUUUUUUAGUCCUAUUGUUAUUUAUGACUUAUUUAUUCUAAACCCACGAACAUGCAUUUUGUAAGAGAAAAGGAACAGAAUGAGCAGACUUGUUUCAGUGAUUUGCAAAGACAAUUUUUUAUUUUAUUUUCCUGCCAAGACACAUCAACAGACCUUAUCAUUGCCAUCUAACAAAAUGUUGGUUUUUUUAAUAUAGUUAAAUCAAGGUAAUGAAGCCAAGAAUUUCUUGCUAUGAUGUUAAAUGCUUCUAAUAAUGUUUUAUCUCUGAUAUUUUUCUAUGGUUAGGACAUUUUGCUGAUUUUUUUUAAUAAAUGCUUUAGCCUCAUGCAUUUGCUGUUUUAGAAAAAAAGUAAUCCUAAAAACUGCAAGUAUGUACUUUGAAAUGAAAGGGAUGUUAGAGUCUAAGUCCAGUUCUUAACUGUUGUUGUUUUUAAUAGAAUUAUGAAAUAUGUGACUGAGAGGAAAACUUCCAGAAAAUUUCCAAAUACUGGCUUUGAAUGAUGUUAGAGGACAUUCUUACAUUGUAUAAAGAUAUGCUCCUCUAGAGAAUACACACUUGCAGAAAACUAUUUAUAUUUACUGAAAUUUUUGAAAGAAAUUGAUAAAAUUCUAGAAAAAUCUCUGAUGUAUGUUUUAUUUCAUAAUGUGAGAUUAUCCCCCUAAGAUUUAAAAUCGUUACAUACUGAUAAUUUUCUCUCUUUUCCAAGCCUUAGAGGAACUGGAGGUGCUUAUGUCUAGACAUGUUUUUAAUAUUCAUGCUGCUACUACAUUUGUGAAAAGUUGUGCAUGCAUAUGUUAAAUAAUGAGAACAGAUAAUUGUAACUUGAAUUUCCAUUUUUCUGUUUUUCUAACUAGUCCUCUAUUUCUAAAAUGAAAUGGGACUUUGAGGAUAUUUUGGAAUUGAGAAGAUUUUACCAAUGGAUAACAACUUAAAGA